AUGUUUCUAAGACAAUCGAGAAUCCUGGUGUUUUGCCUGUUCUUGGGCCUCUCUUUGGCGGUCAAACUACAUUUUCCCAUUAGGCCAAAUGCCCACAUCCAGGAGUUGCAGAGUGAGAGCAAAGAACUGGCUGCAGCCCACUCGUAUGCUUCCACCAGGUGUUUUCAGAUCUACACUCCCAUUUUGGCCAACGUUGCAGAGGAGUACGAGAUUAACUUUGGGGCUUGCCUUUCGUCCUACGACAACGCGACUGCCCUGGUCAAUGGAAAGUACUCGGGAGAUCGUCAGGAUAUCCUGAGAUCUGCCAGCAUCAGUUGUUCGUAUCCCAAUUCCAAUUGCCAGGUGUGGACAUCGGAGGCACAGGAUCUGGGCACCGUGGUUUCCCGCCUCGAAUGCGCUUCCAGCAAUGCUGCGGAGAGCUCCAAGACCUUCUAUACCAUCUCGGCCAAUGCCACGGAGAUUGCGGUUAAGAUUCAAGAAGAAUAUCGUACUUUGGAUAGCCAGUUGGAAAUUUGCACCAAAAACGCAGACCGCACUUACGUGGAGACUACCUCUGACACCUACGAAAAAUUGAACGACUGCUUGAAGUACGGACCCUCCAAAACAACACCAGCCGAUAGGCUUUUUUAG